AUGAGCGGUCAAGGAUGGAUCGGGGGUGAGACGGUGCUCCUUCCGGUCAAGAUGGCACUCCAUGACAUCAACAAUGAUCCUCGGAUCUUACCCGGAUACAAUCUAACGUACACUUACAUAGACUCGAUGUGCAGCGAGGGUGUAGCCGUGUAUCGGAUGUUCCGGGAGCUAAAAGCCGGUCUGCCAUAUCACAUGGUGCUCGGGGACGGUUGCUCAACGUGCUCCGCGGCGACCGCACAAGUUUCAUAUCUUUGGAACCUUACUCAGUUAUCUUACGGCUCCUCCUCGCCCAUCCUAUCAGACCGGAAGCGGUUCCCCAAGUUCUUUCGGAUAGCGACCCCGGACCAGAUGGUGAACGAGGCGAGGAUUCAACUUAUGCGGGAAUUUAAUUGGAAGAAGGUCGCCACAAUCCAUCAAGCGCUUGAGUUCUUCUCCGUGGUCACGGACGACUUUUUCCAUAGAGCUUCGGACAUGAAUGCCACCAUAAUUACCCAGGAGAUUUUUGUGCACGAUCCCAUGUCUAGGGUCGAGAACCUGAAGGCAUACAAGGUAGGUCUGUACGGCGCCAAGAUCGUAUGGGUGUUUGCGGGCUGGUACUCCAGUACUUUCUGGCUGGUGAAACAGAAUGACAUUGACUGUACUCAGGAGCAAAUGGCCUUAGUUGCAGACGGUGCCUUCUUAACUUCAGCCGUUAAUUUUAACCCAAGAGAAGAGAAGGGUAUUCACGGAAUGACGGUUUCAGAAUUCUUGGACCGCUACUACAACGACACAGGCUAUAACACAGACCUAGAUAUGUACAAAAGUGUUGUCGGCCAGUCGUACGACCACAUCUGGAUUGCCGCCUUAGCACUGCACUGCACCGACACUGAAUUAACGCGUAGAGAUGGUACUAAGCUUAAUCGUUAA